AUGGAGGAAUUUAAGAAGAACAGAUCUUUCCAUGACGCAUGGGCAUUCGUCCUGUAUGCCAUUCUGACGACUGCAACAACAUCGUGGAUGGUGGUAAAGAUGAAGGAAGCCCCCCAGUAUGACAAAGAGGCCUUCCUUCCAGUGCUGGUGCUCAACGUCGGCCUUAUGCUUGUGUUCUUGCUGAUAGCAUAUCUGGGCCUUAGAUAUGCAGCAAAGGGAUUCAUAUUCACUGCCAACGUUGUAGCCCCAGCCACAGUCUUUCUGCUUUCAAUACUGACAUACAAUCCGCUUGUCAUUCUUUCCACAGGAAUAUCAUUUGGGGUUUCCCUCAUGUUCUAUCUCUGGGCCAUUAAACCCGUGCUGCCGUUAAUAGCAGCAACGAUAGAAACCACGGCAAAGAUUCUCUCCUCGAAUCUCAUAGGAUGCACACUUCUGCUCCUUGUCUCAGUAUCUCUUCAGGUUGUCCAGAGCUUCGUGUUCUUAAGAGUGCUAGGGAAUAACGAUGCAAGCAAAGGAGUCAUGUCCAUUCUUUUUAUUCUGAACAGCUACUGGACAUUCUUCAACAUAGUAUACUUCGCACAGGUUGUUGUGUCUGCGAUUGUCAUCAACCAUAUAACGGACGGAAAGGAGUCUUUCGGCCAAUCCUUCUAUGUUGCCUUGAUGGCUCUCGGGAGUAUCUCGUUUGCAGGGCUGGUCAUGGCUGCAAUCAAUACAGCCAAGCUUCUCCUCGAGAGAGAAAGAGACAGAAACAGAGAAAGAGGAGAAGGGAAUUUCAUAAAUGUAAUCCUGCUGUGCCUCCUGAGUAUUGUCGGGGAUCUGGUGAACGUAAUGAACGAACUGGUGUUUCCAUACCUCACUCUGCAUGGAACAAAGUACACCGAGUCUAUGAGCAAGUCGUACAACAUGAUUGGAGAGAAAAGAGGAAUCACUCUUCUCGCCAACAUGGUUGUGGGAAAGGUGAUUUUCUUCUGCCUGCUUUUCUUUGUUUGGACGAUUGCAUGCGGAGAUGCCGUGCUGUUCUCUGUGAACUCCAGCUUCCAGUCGAACGAUCUUUCGUAUGUCACGGCAGCCAUCAUAGGAGCCCCCCUGAUUACAUUUGUCUACAGUUUCCUCUCGAUGUUUUCAUCUGGAACCUUAGCGCUAAUAUACUCGUACCUUGAGUUCCCUGAUGUGGUCAGGAGAAUCGAGCCCGAGCUAAUUGAGAAGAUAAGCUCCUUUAGUUGA